AGGGCGGAUCGAUCAUACAUGGCAGUCAAAAGUGUCACAAAUUCAAGGGAAGUUCAAAUGCCUGAGAUCGAGAUUAAUACAACCAAACAUCAUUACGUGCAAAUAGAUAAUAAUGAUGAUGAUGAGCAAGAUCACCUAAUAAUCUCUUCAGAUUAUUCUAGGAGAAAGCCGACGGCUUACAUACAAGGAUCUAAUAAAAAAGAACGACAGCAAGAACUUGAGUGUUGUGUGAGGCUUAACAGAGCUGCUCGGCACAACGAGUGGCAAAUCGCCCAAAGAAUUAUGAGUGAACAUCCACGAAUCUGCAACGCUGCUAUUACAGCACAAGAGGAAACAGUUCUCCACAUAGCAGCAGGAGCAAAGAAGAGUGGUUUUGUGAAGAGAGUGGUGAGAUUGUUGGACCCAAAAGAUCUGAUGUUGCAAGAUGUUAAAGGGAACACUGCGUUUUGCCAUGCGGCCGCGGCUGGGGAUUUGGAAAGUGUCAAAGUUAUGAUGACAAAAAACAAGUGUUUGCCGUUUGUUCGAGGUGGGCAAAGAAUGACACCACUGUACAUGGCAUCUUCUUUUGGAAGAGGUGAAAUGGCUUCGUUUUUGUACUCUUUGACCGAACAUGUUUUACAGGAAGGAGAACGUAAAGGCAUUUUCUUCAAUUGUAUCCAUUAUGGUUUGUUCGAUCUAGCAUUGAAAAUGUUGGAAGAUCAUAUAUCGUUAGCCAUGGCUCGUGAUGUGAAUGAAGAGACUGCUCUCCAUAUUUUGGCUCGAAUGCCUCAUGCAUUUUGCCACAGAACUAAAUCCUUCUGGAAUAAAUCCUCAUCAUCACAUGAUAAAUCAACAAAUUUGACCAUGGAUACUCAAGCCCUAAGACUAGUAAGAGGUAUUUGGAGAGAAGUUAUACUCCACAACUAUGGUGAUCAAAAUGUGCUUAGAAAGACCAUUGACACGCCCUCAAAGCUCUUAUUCGAUGCGGCGCAAUGUGGGAAUUCUGAAUUCUUGUUUGAGAUACUUCGUUCUUGCCCUGAUUUGGUAUGGGAGGCUAAUGAGGAUAAUCAAACCAUAUUCCACGUUGCUUGUUUGAAUCGACACCAAAGAAUCUUCAAUCAUAUACAUGAAAUUGGCCUCAUAAAGGAUGUUGUUACGACCUUUGAAGACAAUGGUGGCAACAAUAUAUUACACCUUGCUGCCACCUCACCAUCUUCGCAUAAACUCAAUCAAAAAUUAGGUGGAAAAAUAUUGUUUCUACGACAAGAGUUACUAUGGUUCGAGGCUGUGAAGAAGAUUGUACAACCAACUUACAUGUACAAGAAAAAUACAGAAGGGCUAACCCCAAGUGAUUUGUUCACUAAAACACACGAAAAUAUGUUUAAAGAUGGAGAACGUUGGGUGAAGAGUACAGCCAAAUCAUGUAUGUUUGUUUCGACCCUUAUCGCCGUCGCAGCUUUCUUUGUCACAUUUUCCAUUUCAGAGGCUGUUCUCAAUGGAAAAAGUACUACACACAAUAAUAAUAUAUUUACUUCCGAAGCAGCUGCAGUGUUUUCCUCCUUACUCUCAUUGCUAACCUUCUUGUCCAUUCUCAGUACUUCGACUUUUGCAGACAUGGAUUUCCUCAUUUCAAUACCAUUUAAGUUAAUUGUGGGACUUGCAAUGCUCUUCGUUUCUCUGACAUUUAUGAUGGUGACAACUUGGGAAAAGUUAUUCGUAUCUUAA